CAGCAGCUUUUCCCCCUCGCCCAUUUUUUUCCCCUUUGUCACCAACAUAUACCACCGCGGUUCACUUGACACCCCACGCCCCCUUCCCCUCGCUCCUCUCUCCCUUUCCGACCUGCAACAAUGGCGUUCUCCGGUGAGGUGGCUGCGCCCUACAAGUAGUCGGCGGAGGUUCCCGUGCCGAGGAGGGCGGCGUCCCAAGCCUGGAGGUCCUCUGCUGCAGAUUUGACUAAAUCCCAUCUCUCCUAGCUCAUCCGCUUCCUCAGAAUCGCCUUCUUGCGGCAUUUUGGGGGCGUCUCCUCCUUGUUCCCAGCCCCAUAAAAGCCCUCCUCACUUGUUGCUGCCCGUGCCGUGCUGUGCUGUUUGGGCCUUGCCAUUUGGGAUCCAACUCGCAGCAAUGCGGUCCCUCGUGCUGCUGCUCCUCGUCCACCUCGUCUUCUUGGCGGAGGCCAAGGGCGGCGGCCGCGCGGGCCUGGCGGCGGCGCUGAACGACGACGUCCUGGGGCUGAUUGUGUUCAAGGCCGACGUGGUGGACCCGGAGGGGCGCCUCGCGACGUGGAGCGAGGACGACGAGCGGGCCUGCGCGUGGGCCGGCAUCACCUGCGACCCGCGCACCGGCCGCGUCUCGGGGCUCAACCUCGCCGGCUUCGGCCUCUCCGGCAAGCUCGGACGCGGCCUCCUGCGCCUCGAGUCGCUCCAGUCGCUCUCCCUCUCCGCCAACAACUUCUCCGGCGACAUCCCACCCGACCUCGCUCGCCUCCCGGACCUCCAGUCGCUCGACCUCAGCUGCAACGCCUUCUCGGCCCCCAUCCCGGAGGGAUUCUUCGGCAAGUGCCACGCCCUCCGGGACGUCUCCCUGGCCAACAACGCCUUCACCGGUGACACCCCGGACGUGGGCGCGUGCGGCACGCUCGCGUCUCUGAACCUGUCUUCCAACCGCCUAGCCGGCAUGCUGCCCAGCGGCAUCUGGUCCCUGAAUGCGCUGCGAACUCUGGACCUCUCCGGCAAUGCCAUCACCGGCGAGUUGCCCGUGGGCAUCAGCAAGAUGUUCAACCUGCGGGCUCUGAACCUGCGGCGGAACCGCCUCACAGGCAGCCUCCCGGAUGACAUCGGGGACUGUCCGCUGCUGCGGUCAGUGGACCUGAGCUCCAACUCGCUCUCCGGCAACUUGCCAGAGUCCCUGCGGAGGCUCUCCACUUGCACAGACCUUGACUUGAGCUCAAAUGAGCUCACCGGGAACGUUCCAACUUGGGUCGGAGAAAUGGUGAGCAUGGAGACACUAGAUUUGUCGGGGAACAAAUUCUCCGGGGAGAUUCCGGGGUCAAUUGGUGGCCUCAUGUCGCUGAGGGAGUUGAGGCUGUCUGGAAAUGGGUUCACUGGUGGCUUGCCUGAGUCAAUCGGUGGAUGUACAAGCCUAGUGCACGUUGACGUGAGCUGGAAUUCCCUCACUGGCAGCCUGCCUACAUGGGUAUUUGCUUCCGGUGUGCAAUGGGUAUCGGUGUCCUACAACACAUUCAGUGGUGAGGUAAUGGUGCCUGUGAAUGCAUCCUCUGUGAUUCAAGGCCUGGACCUGUCAAGCAAUUCGUUUUCAGGACGGAUCCCGUCACAACUCUCGCAACUGCUCACCUUGCAGUCGCUGAACAUGUCUUGGAACUCACUGUCCGGGAGUGUUCCAGCCAGCAUUGUGGAGAUGAAGUCACUGGAGCUGCUUGAUUUGAGUGCCAAUAGGCUCAAUGGGAGCAUUCCAUCUACCAUUGGAGGCAAGUCGUUCAAAUUGCUUAGCCUUGCCAAGAACUCCCUCACUGGAGAAAUCCCAUCCCAGAUUGGCGAUUGCUCUGCCCUGGCGUCACUGGAUCUAUCACACAACGGUCUAACAGGAGCUAUUCCAGCAGCAAUAGCUAAUCUCACCAACCUUGAGAGUGCUGAUCUUUCUCGCAACAAGCUCACGGGUGGUCUGCCGAAACAGCUCUCCAACCUUGCGCACCUCAUUCGCUUCAACAUUUCACAUAACCAGCUCUCCGGGGAUCUCCCUCCUGGUAGCUUUUUUGACACUAUCUCACUCUCAUCUGUGUCUGACAAUCCUGGCCUGUGCGGUGCAAAGCUCAACUCUUCUUGCCCUGGUGUACUACCAAAACCAAUUGUACUGAAUCCAGACUCUUCUUCCAAUCCGCUGGCACAGAAAGAGCCCGUGCCUGGGGGCCUCCAUCACAAGAAAACCAUACUGAGCAUCUCUGCCCUUGUUGCAAUCGGUGCCGCUGUUCUCAUUGCUGUUGGUAUCAUAACCAUUACUGUUCUUAACCUUCAAGUUCGCGCCCCAGGUUCUCAUUCUGGUGGUGCUGCUGCUGCGCUGGAACUCUCAGAUGGAUAUCUCAGUCAGUCUCCAACAACUGACGUGAAUGCAGGCAAGCUUGUAAUGUUUGGAGGAGGCAAUCCAGAAUUCAGUGCCAGUACUCAUGCUCUUCUGAACAAGGACUGCGAGCUCGGCCGUGGUGGUUUUGGCACUGUCUACAAGACCACUCUCCGAGAUGGCCAACCUGUUGCCAUCAAGAAACUGACUGUGUCAAGCUUGGUUAAAUCUCAAGAUGAAUUUGAGAGGGAAGUGAAGAUGCUGGGCAAGCUACGCCACCGUAACCUUGUUGCACUCAAGGGCUAUUAUUGGACACCAUCACUUCAGCUUCUUAUCUAUGAGUUUGUCUCUGGGGGUAACUUGCAUAAACAGCUUCAUGAAUCGUCCAAUGCAAAUUACCUUUCAUGGAAAGAAAGAUUUGACAUAGUUCUUGGCAUGGCAAGAAGCCUGGCUCACCUCCACUGGCAUGACAUUAUCCACUACAACCUGAAGUCAAGCAACAUUAUGCUUGAUGAUUCGGGCGAGGCCAAGGUGGGGGACUAUGGAUUGGCGAAGCUACUGCCAAUGUUGGAUCGGUAUGUUCUAAGCAGCAAGGUACAGAGUGCACUUGGUUACAUGGCACCAGAAUUUACAUGCAGGACUGUGAAGAUAACCGAGAAAUGUGAUGUGUAUGGAUUUGGAGUUCUUGUACUGGAGGUCAUGACAGGGAGGACACCAGUGGAGUACAUGGAAGAUGAUGUUAUUGUGCUGUGUGAUGUGGUGAGGGCUGCUCUGGAUGAAGGCAAAGUGGAAGAGUGCGUGGAUGAGAAGCUCUGCGGAAAAUUCCCACUGGAAGAGGCGGUUCCUAUCAUGAAACUUGGCUUAGUGUGUACAUCUCAGGUUCCCUCCAAUAGGCCAGACAUGAGUGAGGUGGUGAACAUAUUGGAGUUGAUCAGAUGCCCACAGGACUGCCCAGAAGCCGAAUUAGGUUAAGCUCUGUCUGCUUUGGCCCCCUUCUCGUCGGGCCUUGUUUCAUUUUGGGUAUCCUUCUUUGCUUGGUAACCAUUUAAUCUAUCUAGUAUGCUUUAGGUAGUAGGAGCAGGGUGGCAAGUGCCAACGUAGUGUUUGAUAGGCAGGAAAUCAUCUAAUGCAUUGCAAGGGUUUCAUGUCCUAUGGCUGUUGAUGUGUUUGACUUUGAUCCUCAUCAGUAUGAUGUCUGUUGUGGAUCCUCUCACAUCAGUUUUAUAAGCAUGAGACUUAUAUUUUCAGAAGUAUUCAUAUUUGCCUGA